AUGGCAGGUCAUAGGCACAGGCUCAUCCCUGCAAGUAGAUCACGGGGAGAUCUUCCUUGUCUCUCCGGACACAACCUUCUCCUGCGGCUUCUACUCAUCUGGAGAAGGCACCAACGCCCACUGGCGGAUCCAGGGCCCGGGCUGCCCGGGCUGCAGCCCGGGCCCAGGGCGCAGCCCCGUUCUGGAUCCGCCCCUGCCAACGCCUACUACUUCUCCAUCUGGUUCACCCACUCCACCGACAGGACUGUUGCUUGGACAGCGAACCGUGGCUCUCCAGUAAAUGGCCAUGGCUCAAAGAUCUACUUCAACCGUGAAGGAAACCUGCUCCUUACGGAUGUCAAUGGCUCCACAGUGUGGCAGAGCAAGACAAAAUGGGGAAAGCACGCCUCAGUAGCUCUCCUCAACAGUGGUAACCUUGUGGUCAGGGCCUCCACUGAUCAGGUAGUGUGGCAGAGCUUCGAUUCACCCAUUGACACAUUGCUUCCUUCACAGCGCCUGACAAGGGAGAUGAGGUUGAUCUCUCAAUCUGGCUAUCAUCGCCUCUAUUUUGACAAUGACAACGUCCUGCGGCUCCUGUACAAUGGGCCAGACAUCACAAGCAUAUACUGGCCAAGCCCGGAUUACAAUGCCCUGCAAAAUGGCCGGACUAGAUUCAACAGCAGUAAGAUAGCAGUUCUGGACAAUGAUGGUAUUUUCUGGUCAAGCGAUGGGUUCAGAAUGAUAGCCUCAGAUUCAGGAUUUGGAAUCAAGAGAAGGAUCACCAUCGAUUAUGAUGGCAACCUUAGAAUGUACAGCUUGAAUGCAGCAGGCAACUGGAUUAUCACAGGCGAGGCUUUACUCCAGAUGUGCUAUGUGCAUGGUUUAUGUGGAAAAGGUGGAAUUUGUGAGUAUUCACAGUCUCUCAAAUGCACUUGUCCUCCAGGAUAUAACAUGAUUGAUCCAAAGAACUGGAACAAAGGAUGCAGUCCAACAUUCAACACCACCUGUGGACAACCAAGAGAGGAUUUUACAUUCGUGAAGAUUCCCCAUGGUGACUUUUAUGGCUUUGAUCUGACUUCAAACCAGUCAAUCUCAUUUGAAGAAUGCAUGCGGAUAUGCUUGGACAGCUGCUUGUGCUUAUCUUUCACAUACAAAGCUGGACAGGGCCUAUGUUACACCAAAAAUCAACUCUACAAUGGCCAGGUUUAUCCAUAUUUUCCCGGAGACAGCUACAUCAAACUUCCUAAGAAAAUCACUCCAACAUAUUCAGCCUCCAAUCAUUCCAGUCUUACUUGCAGCCCAAAGAAUACCAAGGUUAUGUUAGUAUCCGAAGAUGAAUAA